AUUUUCAGGCAUUACUCGAGAACUGUAAGAGCUACAAUCAUCAAAUUUGCUGUGUUCGUGCUGCUUUAGUGGUUUUAGCUAUAGCAAAAAUAUUUUCCUGGAUAUGUACCAAAAAAAGUUUUGAACCAGCUUUAAGCUGCAUCGCUUGGCACAGGGUAUCUUCUAGUUGAACAUGCCCAACUAAAACACUUUCCAUUGCAGGAUCUGAAGGGGGCYUGUCGUUGUUAUCCCCAGUUGUGUGGGCGGUCGCAUCGGAUUUGCUUUUUCUGUCAGUGAUUACAAAAUUCACAGUAUGACAGUUUUUCGUUUCGCAAAUUGGACAUUAACAAUUAUCUCAGCGUUGAUCCAAAGUUUACUCCUGCAUGACAAUCAAUCCAUCAAUCAAUAUGUAUAUUCAAACAGCUAUUCGAACUGUUCGCAAUCUAUUUCAUUGUCAAGCUGCUUCACUCGCACUGUGUCCGGGGCGGCGAGUAUAGUGUCUCAAUAUGGUUCCUCAUAUAUUUUUUACCAGGCAUUACCCUACAUACGAUAUUUUUGGCAAUAUAUCGAAUCUUCUGUAGCAGUCUGGGCCUGGACCCAAUUGUGCUCCAUAAUAUUCAACUUGACCUGCGGAGCUUUGCUGUUAAUUGCUGCUAGCAUAUUGCUCUACGCUAUGAAGGAUCACUGUGGCAAUGAAUCGGCAAAAUAUUUCUAUAUAGCAGGUGUUUUUGGAUUAUUGGCGGGUGUUUGCCAUAUAUGUAACGGCGUUAUGUGCCUGUUUUUUAUACCACUAUUCGAAUUCAAAUUGGCAAAGUGAAGAGCAGCAAAUUGAUAAUCAUGUGCCGAGUAGAAAGCUGUAAUAAUUUCAGAUAAUAUAUUAAAUUGUCGUUCCCCUUUCGGAGUGCAUUAUU